UUUGACCUCGUUCCUCAUUCCACUAACGUGGGGCGGAGUGGGCUAUUCAUGAACAAGCUAGCGGACUCUAGUCCCUUUGCUAUUAGGCGUCAUAGGCCUCGUCAGUUUCUGUGUAUAUGAAGCGAUGCUUGCCAGGAGACACAUUAUACCAACUCAACUAUUCCGCAAUGGUUCUACGUCUAUUGCCUAUUCUUGUACCUUCCUGCACGGUAUGAUCCUCUGAUCGAUCGUCUAUUAUGCGCCCUUCUACUUUAUGUCCGUUCAAGGCUACACAUCAAUAAUGGCCAGUGUCGCUGCUCUCCCAGAGACCCUCACUAUCGUUCCCAUGGCUAUGAUCUUUGGAAUCUUUGCAGCGAAAACAGGAGCAUAUCGUUGGGGUCUAUGGCUCGGAUGGGCUAUGACAGCCUUCGGCUGCGGUAUGCUUUAUCUCCUUGAUGUUGGGACUCCAGUCGUCGCAUGGAUAUUCUUUAUGCUUGGAAGUGGUAUUGGUAUGGGUCUUUUGUAUCCGGCUAUGAGUUUGGCUAUUCAAGCUUCGGCUCCGGUGGAGGAUGCUGCUACUGUUGCGGGAUUGUUCACGUUCUUUCGUGCUUUUGGUCAAACUGUUGAUGUUGCUAUGUAAGUUCUCUGAUUCUUCCUCGUAUCCUUGUCUUUUUCUCGAUGGUUCCACCGUUUGUUUCUCAAAUCUCGCGUACUGGUUUGCCUUUUCUCUCCCACGUUUUUAAUAUUCUGAUCGACAAUGCAGCAAUUGUAUCCGCUGUUGCUUGUUGCCUGCCAGUUCGCUGUUGCCAUGGCCGUUUAACUAGAUAGACUAGGCGCGUUGCCAUCAAGUCUGGCGUCGCUUGUUCUGCCUUUCACGCAUGUAACCCUGUCGCAGAUUGAACUGCGGCAAUCACAAUGCGAGCUCUUCCUUUUGAUGUUGUUUCGUACAACGAGUAUGGGAUCGAAUUGGCGCCAUUUUUGUCCAAACUUCUUGUCUAUGCAAACAAGCUCAUAUUCCCAGAUUAUGUAUAUCCUGUUUAAGCAAGCCCUCCGUUAAUCGUUUUUUUAACAACUUUCCAAUUGUUCGUUAGAAGUAAGAAUAUACUAAGAGAAGUCAGUGGAGGUGUCAUAUUCCAAAAUCGAAUGGCCACUGAACUCAGAGCCAUUCCAGACUUUACCAUACUUGCAGCACAGUUUGGGUAUAUCCUUGAAAAAGUUGUUGUAAAUGCAGUGGAUCUGAUCCCCUUGAUCAAGCUCUUGUGACCGAUCAAGGCUUUGCAAUUUGCGUGAGGAAAGUUGAUCCCGAGAAAUCAGAAAUCGAUAUAAAGGCGAGUGGCUUGGGAAAGGCUGAGAUGUCUGCCGAACAAAAAGUCAUAGAUGCUGGUCAUUCACAGAACGUAUUUGAUGGGGAGGAAAUUGUUAAGGUGAGUGAGUGGUUCAAGUCUGACCUGUCCGGAAAUCGAAAAAGUGCUAUGCCGAAUGUUUCAGAGGAGUUAAAGCUUUCCGCGAGAGGUAAAGAUACUUGCCCUAUUUUCGGAAAGGAUUAUUAGCUGUUAAUCUUUUAUUUCUAUAGGCAAUACAAUACUGUUCUUGUUUAUGCUCUUUUGACCGUAUUUCCGUUGCUUCCCCGAAUCAUUACUUCUGAAAGCAAAUUCGCACACCACUUGAACGGCAAUGUAUUCUCAUUAGUACUAUUCAAAUUUACAUAAAGGCAUGUAGGUAAUACCCAAUUUCCUUUGGAUAUAUCAAGGAAAUCAACACUCUCAGAGCCAAUCAAAUAAUUCUUGAACAAUCUAAAUUCAGAUCUUUCGUCCCUUUCUUUUCAAAUUAAAUACACAUCUAAUGAUAUGCACUUAUCAAAUUCAAUACAUCUUCGAUAUCUAGAUCCGGAACUGUCUUAGCAUGUAAUUGGCUCGCUAGUGGUUGUCGGAAACCAUUUUGCUUGUUUAUCCGCCUACUUCUCUUGACAACCGCUCCCCUCAAGAUCCUCUGCUCUUAUUUUCAUUUCCCAAAUUCCACAAGUUCAAUUU